GUCCAUCUGUUCACCAGACCACAACCCUAAGCUGCCAUAUUUUACGCCCCACUUCCAGACCAUUCCCACUAAUGACCCAAAUUAAAACAGUAGAAGAGUGGGGAGAGAGAGAGAGAGAGAGAGAGAAGAAAAGUAGUUGGUGGGUUUGACGUUUGAAGGGCCGUUUGCUUCAGCUGCAGGUAUAUAUUAUAUUAUUCAUCACAAGAAGCUAAGUGGAUGCAUGGUCACCCCUUCUGGUUUUCCUCAUCGAUAAUUCUCGCAGGAGUAAUUAGUAGUUAGUCGUACAAGAAGAUCGUUUUCAGCGGUGGUGGCGCAGGCGGCGGUGGGAGUUUGACUGACCAGGCCGGCCUAAAUGAGGCCUCCGCCACCAGGGGGUCCGCCGGGGCCCGGCGGCGCUCCGCCUCCGUGGCCGGGACAUCUGGGCUUCUUUGGUGCCCUGUGCGACGCCGUUUCCUCUUGCUUCUACUUCGUGUGCUGUUGCUGGAUGUUUCGGGACUGCUUUGGUGGGCCUCCUCCUCCACCUGGGCCUUCUCCCGGCCCACCCGUACCUGUUCCUCCUCCUGCAGGCCCACCUGCUCCUCCUCCUGCUGCUCCUCCUCCAGGCCCACCUGCUUCAGCGCCUCCACCUCCUUUUGGCCCACCUGGCCCUCCUGGGCCUCCCGGGCCUCCCGGGCUUGUUUUCGGAGCACCUGGACCUGCAGGGGACCCUUUUGGGCUACCAGGCCCUAGAGCUCCCGGUGGCCCUCCAGGUCCAGGUCCAGGUCCAGGACCGCAUCCUUUCUAAGUUUCCCAAUCCUAUAUGCACACUGCAGGGAGGGAGGGCUCUGUUCAUCUCUGCAGGCUUAACUUAUGGUUGAUGUGUGUGUGUGUGUGUGAGAGAGAGAGAGAGAGAGAGAGAUUUGCUGAGAAGUGUAUUGAAUAGUAAUUGGUGCUGACAAUUAAACUACUAUAUCUCUUUGUUGACUUGAA